AUGGCACAAAAUCAGGCACAACAGAAUGUGAUGAGGCGGAAACUUGUCAUAAUAGGUGAUGGCGCCUGUGGCAAGACCUCCCUUCUGUCCGUGUUCACUCUCGGCUAUUUCCCCACUCACUACGUUCCAACAGUAUUCGAAAACUAUGUUACAGACUGUCGUGUUGAUGGGAGAUCGGUGCAGCUGGCCUUGUGGGAUACCGCAGGACAGGAAGAUUACGAGAGAUUGAGGCCAUUGGCCUAUGCCAAAUCGCACGUCAUUCUGAUCGGAUUCAGUGUCGACAGUCCCGAUAGUCUAGAAAACGUACGGCAUAAGUGGAUUGAAGAAGCGAGAGAACGGUGCCCGGAUGUGCCUAUUAUCCUGGUUGGACUGAAGAAAGACCUACGAGAAGACCCAAUGGCAAUAGAAGAGAUGCGAAAGAAAAGUCUGAAGUUCGUCACUCCACGAGAAGGAGCGGAAAUGGCGCAGGCAUGCGGUGCGCGCAAGUAUCUUGAGUGUUCCAGCCUCACAGGUGAGGGUGUGGACGACGUGUUCGAGGCCGCCACCAGAGCGGCCCUUCUCACGUUUAAUGGCAAGCAGGGCGGAGGUGGCUGCUGCGUCAUCCUGUGA